AUGAGUGGUUUUCUACAACCUUUUCGCGCACUCACCCUUUCACUUUUAUCACAAAAAAGUACCAUGAAAAAGGCCCUAUGUUCUCAAAAUUGAAGUUUCACGACAAACGUGACAGUGCUGUAUUACGAAUUUUAACGAAAUUUUAGUGAAUGUUGGUGAACAAUCCUGUACUUCAGAUAUUAUUUUAUAAACUUCAGUUUAUGUGAUAAAACUAUGACGAAAAAUUAUAUGAAGUUUUAGAAAUUUUAAAAUGUCUGCCAAUAUGCAGUGUCAUGCGAAAAGUUUCCGAGGGUGGUGAAAAUCAAAGAGGGUCUUGGAAUAUUUAGGAAGUGUUUGCAAUCGUUCGCAUCUUUUAAGGAAGUCUUGUCUUUCCGAAUUCAUCUUUUAAAGAAGAAAAAGAAAAAUGAAUGGCAAUAACACUGAACUUAAAGUGCUUAGUGAAAAGUUUUAACAACGAACCAAUUCAGAGGAAAAUUGAAUAGUUCUGAAAGCUGGGAGUCCCGAUGGAGAGUUUACUAAUUCGUGUUCCCGAGUUUCCCUCUCGUUCUGUUAUAUCAAAUUAUGCUGCUGAGACUAUAUACCAGAAUUCAAAUCCUGAAGACGGUUUCUCCGAUUCGUAUUGGAAAUCUGCAGCGAUGUCUUAUUGAAGAGAUAAAAUUAGGACGACAGAUUCUGGUCUCCAGAAGGGAUUGAGGAAAGCCUCGAGUCGGUGAUUUCAGCAGAAAAUCGACGUCAAAAACAUGAAUGUACAUCAAGUUUUUCUAAUUCGUUUCUUAAACUGUCACUCUACCUCGUCAUCUCGAGUAAAGAUAAGAGGAGAAAAACGGAACAGUACCUCCCAAGGAUCUUGAGCAAACAGUCGGAAAAAAAUGUAUUUGAUCACGUCCCAUAAAUUCAAAAGGUAGUUUGUCACGGGAAAUUCAUAUUAAAUUAAUCGAAUCAACAUUUAAUCCCGCUUUGGCAAUUAGGGCUGAUGCAAAGUCGAUAAAAGAGAUGACGAAUAACGGCGUUACUGGCUCGGCGAGUCUCCACUUCGGCGUCGAAGAUGAUGGAGCGAGCAACUUUCUGUAGAUUUUAAUUGGUCCACUUAAUCAAGAUAAAGAAAAUAAAUUACUACAUGUUAUACAACUUAUAUAAAGGAUGAUGAAAAUAAAAAUUAUACUAAUAGGUACAACACAACAUGCAAAAUGUAGUCAGUACUACGAAACGAAAUUGGAUAGGAACUAAGAUAAGGGAAGGAAAGGAGCUUCGAUAAUAUCGAAUCAGAGGACUGAAAAAAUGCAUAUACAGAAGAAAUCUUUGACGAGGUAAUAAAGGGUGGGUGACAAAGAAAAAGAAGAAGGAUUUCAAAACGAUGGAAGUAAGCUCCAUACUGGCGAACAUCACCAGCGCCGGAAAUUUUAACAAUAACCUUGCUAGCAACAUUACACGUAAUCUUGCUUCUACCACGAAGAAAAACGACACAUUAGAGUGCGAGCUCGAACUCAAGGACGGUUUAUUCGAGUUCAUCAUCUGCGGGGUGCUUUUGAAUCUCGUUAGUCUCUUUGGCAUACUAGGAAACACUAUCUCGAUGAUCAUCCUUUCGAGGCCACAGAUGAAGUCCUCCAUUAAUUACCUUUUGAUCGGCCUGGCCAGAUGUGACACAAUACUCAUCACGAUAGCGGUGAUGAUUCAUGGCUUGCCAGCAAUCUACACAUACACAGGGUACAUGUUCGAUUAUAAAUUCUACGUUUUUCCAAAAAUUGUAAAGUAUUUGUACCCGGUGUCUCUGGCAGCCCAAAUGGUGACGGUAUAUUUGACCUUGACCGUGACCAUGGAACGGUAUGUGGCAGUGUGUCAUCCUCUCAGAGCAAGGUCGCUCUGCACAUAUGGUCGAGCUCGAGCAGCUGUGAUAUGCAUUGUCAUCGUAUCCCUUCUUUACAACCUGCCCAGGUUUUGGGAGGUGGAGUACAAGGAAGAAAUACACUGGAGAGAACAAGUAAAAGUGUACUGCGUAAUGGCAGCUAGUUUAAGAGAGAGUCGUAUGUAUAUUACUCUUUACGUACAUUGGCUUUACUUCUUCGUCUACUACGCCUGCCCAUUUGCGGCUUUGGUGGUCUUCAACACGGCCAUUUACAAACGGGUCAGGAAAGCGAACAGAGACUUGCAGCACCUCUCACGACACCAAAGACGAGAAAUUGGCCUCGCAAUGAUGCUAAUUUGUGUGGUGAUAGUUUUCAUCAUUUGCAACAUUUUACCAAUGAUCAGCAAUGUAUACGAGACCCUCUAUUACAACCCCCCAGUGUGGAUGAUCCAAACCGGAAAUCUUCUGGUGACGAUCAACAGUAGUAUCAACUUUAUAAUCUACGUAAUUUUUGGCCGGAAGUUCAAGAGACUUUUCCUUAAGCUAUUUUGCAGUUCGAACUUUUUUGGCCAGGGUCGUGACAGUCCCGAGUUCCAGACGAACGACGAAUCCCUCGUCACGAAUACGACAAAUAUCGAGCUUAGAAACUCGAUACGGCGAAGCCAUAGGUCGAAUAAUAUUGGUAGUAGAAAUAAUAAUACUCUUAUGGUCAAUGGCAGCAUGAGGCAAAACAAUAAAAGUUCCAUAAGAUGUGCCAGUCCUGGUCCAUGUGUUUAUUAUCCUGCCAGGAGUCCUGUUCGAAGUCCUAGUCAAAUUUCGAGAAUCUCGACUCAAAAUGGGUGGAGUAAAAAGGAAGUGACAGAGACUGUUUUAUUAUAGAUUAAUGAAUUUUAAUUGAUGUUUAUUUUUAAGAUUCACUGAAAAAGAAGUGGUUAGAAUAAAUGUAAAUCCAUUUUAGGAUGGUCACUUUCCUGGUAA